AUGGCGACCGUGUUCGCCAGAGACAAGUCGGCGCUGGCGACCGUCGUGUCGCUAUCCGACUCCGAUGCCUCUGACACCCAGCGUGCGGGCGUUCCCGAUCUCGGCCUUCCCGUCCAGCAGAAGCAGUUUUGGUGGCAGAAGCGCGGCGCCUACGAUCCGGAUGCCAUUGCCACGCAGCCGAGCGUCUUUGACGACAACGAGUCGGCGGAGAAGUACCAUCCGCCGUCCAACUGGGAGAAUGUCCACCGCUUCGAUCCCCUGUUUCGCUGGACCUGGCGCGAGGAGAACACCCUGAUUCGCAAGAUCGACUUCCGCAUCAUGGUGUGGGCCUGCAUCAUGUUCAUGUCUCUGGAGCUGGACCGCUCGAACCUGGUCCAGGCUCUGACGGACAACUUCUUAAAGGACCUGCAGAUGACUACGAAUGGUGAGUUUAGUUUGUUCUCCGUGUUCAAGCUGUCGUUCAUGUGCGCCGAGCUCCCGUCUCAGCUCGUCUCCAAGUGGAUGGGCCCGGAUCGCUGGAUCCCACUGCAGAUGGUGCUGUGGUCGAUUGUCGCCUUCAGCCAGUACUGGCUCAGUGGCCGCUCGUCCUUCUUGGCCUGCCGUGCCCUGCUCGGCAUCCUCCAGGGCGGCUUCAUCCCCGACAUCAUUCUGUACCUGUCCUACUUUUACAAGCACUUUGAGCUGUCCAUCCGCCUGUCCUUCUUUUGGACGGCCAUGAGCAUCGCCGACAUCCUGUCCGCCAUCCUCGCCUUUGGUCUGCUGCACAUGCGCGGUGUGGCGGGCCAGUCUGGCUGGCGCUGGCUCUUCUUGGUGGAGGGUCUCUUGACCUUUGUGAUUGGCCUGCUGUCCGCCGUGCUCAUGCCGCCCGGCCCUUGCCAGACGCCCAGCUGGUUCCGUGGCAAGAAGGGCUGGUUCAGCGAGCGGGAGGAGAAGAUUAUUGUCAACCGCGUCCUGCGCGAGGAUCCCACCAAGAGCACCAUGCACAACCGCCAGCCCAUUACGCCGCGCACCUUGUGGAAGAGCCUACGCGACUACGACCUGUGGCCGCUCUACGUCAUUGGCAUCUUGUUCCAGAUCCCCAUGACGCCGCCCCAGCAGUACCUGACCCUGUCGCUCAAGGGCCUGGGCUUCGACACCUUCCAGAGCAACUUGCUCACCAUCCCCUACACCGUGCUGCACAUUAUCACCAUGAUGAUCCUCACCUACGUCGCCGAGAUCUGGAACGAGCUCACCUUGACCGCCAUGAUCGGCCAGAUCUGGGCUGUGCCGUUCCUCGUCUACUUUUACGUCGUCGACACCGCGACCGUCAGCAAGUGGGUCGUCUUCACGCUCACCACUCUGCUGCUGGCGUACCCCAACGCCCACCCCAUCCAGGUCGGCUGGAACUCGCGCAACUCCAACGCGGUGCGCUCGCGGACCGUCUCGGCCGCGUGUUACAACAUGGUCGUCCAGGCCGGCGGCGUCAUCGCGUCCAACAUCUACCGCGCCGACGAUGCGCCCCGCUACCGCCGCGGGAACAGCCAGCUGCUGGCCAUUGCCUGUGGCAACGUCGGCGUCUAUCUGCUGACCAAGGUCUAUUAUGUCUGGCGGAACAAGUCGCGCGAUGCGCGCUGGAGCGCCAUGACCGAAGAGGAGCGCCUUCACUACCUGGCCACCACCAAGGACGAGGGCAGCAAGCGUCUGGAUUUCCGGUUUGCCCAUUAA